CAAUUGCUAACAGAAAUGAAACACCUACAACAAGUGGACUAUGUCAAAGAUGGAAGAGAGAACUUACAAGAUGUGAGGAGCCUUAAGAAAGAUUUAACCAAUGAAAUUGCAAAGAAGGUGUCCGAAGCAUUGGUUAAUGCUUUUGUAGCCCACCUGACAUCCAUUACUUCUCGACAUACCGGUCCAAUAGUGAACAAAGCAAUUGGUGGAUGUGUUGGGAAUGUCCUUGGCAGACAUGAAUCAAUGUCAUUUUUUGAUGACCAGAAGCACAAUCACAAAAUGAGAGUGGCCUGCCAGACACCAGCUAAGUCCUUGUCCACCUAUGAGAAAAGCGAACUGUCACACUACACAAAGAGUCUGAGCAGCUCGGAGAAACCUGCCACUGGGCUUGAUCUUCACAUUCUCACAAAGAGUGACAUGCUCGAUGGCAAAGGCAUCCGCAUCAUUAUUACCGAUGAACACGGAAAACCACUCUCUGAGGAGCGCUACCAAGGGAAAGAUAAAUCAGCUGGAGAUGUAACACUUCGACUAGUUAAAGAAAAGGACACAUCACAACAGAGAAAGGGUGUUCUGCCAUCUUUAAAUCGAAGGAUCCGUGGUGAACAUCAACCAUUCAGUGGCCAUUUUGAGGUUCUGAAUGCAGAUGGCACAUUUAGCCAAGUUCUUUCAGACGGACAGAACUGUUUAUUCCAUGCUGUUGCUCAGGCAACCAGUCAUGGCCGAAAAGAUGUCAAUGAUCUACGAAGAGACGCAUCAAAGCUUCGUAGUGAGGUACACCAGGAGAUCCAACAGAACAUGUCAAACUAUGCUCCUCUUCUGAAGCUGCAAAGAGGAUAUGAGGAAUCCUGCAGGAACCCAGGACUUUUCACCAUCGGUGGAGGAACAAGGCAGACAAGAAGGGAAGGCAGACGCAACUUCAUGGAGGCCAUUAACUCUAGCCCCUUAUCAAAUGAACAACGAGAGGAGUGCAAAAACCUCCAUCUCGGCCUGGUUGGAGAACACGGAGAUCUUACAGGACGUAAUCAACAGCCUGGAGAUAACCAACACAAAAGGGAGGCAGACCACAUACCACCCAAAGACUGCUACAAGAAAGUCUCAGGGACUUUGGCCAGAAACCCACAGUUAUCUGAAGAAUUCCAGAAAAACAACCCAAAAUUUUUUGAAGAAUUGAAUAAGUCCCCAUACUUUUUACUCUGCAUGAAGGUCCGUAAAGAACAUCAUAGACAAGCCCUCACUACUGGCAAUAGCACGGAGUCUCAGAUAUGCAGGAAUGAGAUGUCCCAGGCCCUCAGUAAAGGAGACGUGGAAACAACCCUGAAGAUGUCAUUCAUAACGGCCCAUCCAGAGACUUCACAGUGGCUCAGACAGGAUGCAGGAAUACAGCGGCAAACCCCUCACAACAUCCAGCCCAGGGUUCACAGCGCAGACUACUAUCAAGUGGGCUACAGGCUGAUGAUAGAUAAAUACUAUGACAAAGGCCUCAUUGACGGCACUGUAAAGGACAGACUUAACUCCUGGGUAAACAGUGGGGCAUAUAGGAGUCGAAACGCACAGGAGUACAGGUCUUUAAAGACGGCCAUUUCCAGGCCAUGAAUCCCACUGAAAAUGUGAAAAUGUUUUGAAAUUAAAUAGCACAUGCUUGUACAGUAUGAAAUAGUGCAAAUUUCCUCAGUGCUAAUACUAAUAUAUUACACAAUGUGUGUUUUAACACGUUUUUGUUUUGUUUUGUUUUUUGCCUCAAUGAUGACUGAACUCAAUGAAUUUGAUUGAAAUGUCCCUUAAGUAUUCUGCAUUACUGAGUGUGGAUUAUAUCUGAUCUGCACGUUGUAUGUGGGGGUUGUAGUGAAGUAGUUAAACAAGCUAAGCUUCCAAAAUUAAAGCUUCAAUUUGUUCAGUCACUAAUAAAUGAUAUAGAACUGGCCUGGAAAU